AUGCCUGGUAGAAUACAUGUAAAAGACGAGAAGGUGCAAGAGAAUGAAGUCGGUAAAAAAGAUAUGAACCACCAAGUCCUUGGCUCUGAUCAAUACAGACAUAAUGAUGAAUUGAAUCAACAGCAGAAAUGUAAUACAGAUGGUAUGAAACUAAGUCGGUUAGAAGAAGAUGGUGAACAAACUAAUGGAGCACCUAAGAAUGGUAUAAGCAUCGAUACAACUCCGACUAAUUCAAAUAAUGCAAGUACCCCUACUCAGGGUGUAGAGAUUGCCUUUACCAAUGUGAUGGCUAUGUAUGGACAUGAAAUUGACAACCCUUCACCAACUCCUCCAAUGAUGUCACCGCAAAUUGAAGAAAAUAACUUGAAUAAUAAUGCUAUAGAUUAUAGCAUCAAUCAGCAACAAGAUCACCUUCAGGUCGUGCACCACCAACAACAAACAACGCAUAUCAGAGACAACGUUGAGCAGAGCGAUAAUGUCAGCGACUCUUUGGAAGAAAUUAGCUGUCCUAGUGAAAAGGAGAAUGUUACGUCUCGGCAACGAAAGUAUCCACCGUGGCAGAAUAGAUGUCAGAAUCAUGACGACGAACCUGGCUCAUCAGUUCCAUCACGAUCGUUGUGCGUAAGGUGUCGCAUCGAUCCUGUAUCAGGUUCGCCCAUUUAUAAAUGUGAACAUUGCCAAAUUAUUUUUCUAGAUCAUGUCAUGUUUACGAUACACAUGGGUUGCCAUGGUUUCCACAAUCCAUUACAAUGCAAUAUAUGUGGUUUCCGUAGUAACGAUAGGUAUGAGUUCACAUCGCAUCUGACACGAGGUGAUCAUCUCUAA